CAGUGAAUCUCAUGAGAGGCCUGGCAGCAUUUGGUCAGAAUAGUUUCGCUACUCUCAACACUUGUACAGCACUUCCACUUACUCGAAUAUCGGCGUAUCCGUUAGUCUAUAGGAAAAACUGUAUUUGCUUUUACUUAAUAUCCAGAUUAUCAUAAUGUUAGAUUAUAUAUUUUAUUGAACAUCAAGAUUACCGUUCUUGUGAUUUAUUUUUGUUUCUGUUUAUAUGAGAGUGAAAUGAAAAUUUCCAAAUUGUCACGUUUUGUUGCGGGCUGAGAACUGACGUUUCUGCUACAGUGUAUUCAUCCGUAGGUUAAAGAGGAACUGAGAAAAUAGACCUUUUUCUUUCUGAGACAUUGUCAUACGUCCUGACCGGAAACCGAAGAAACGCCUAUUAUCUGCAUAGUAUCAAAACGUCAACACUCAAGUUUACAGUGAUUGGCACCAUGCUGUGAGGCCGGGAGUUUACGAAGACUGGAAUGAACCGCAUCACGAUGACUCUGUUGUGGUUGUUCCUCUUCUGCUGGCUCCAUGGACGUCAUGUGCAGGCUGAUGAAUGCACACAAGGCUUCUCGGUUGUGACUCCGGAAGUGGCUGCUCCAGGCCGCACCACCGCGGUGCUUGUGACACUUCAUGGCACCGACGCUUCUCAAGCAACCAACGUGACGCUUCGCCUUGUAUCGGACCGCGUUGAAGAAAUGACACAGCUCCUGGCUGAAGUCAGCCAGGAAAUCAGAGGGCACGGCAUUGUGCCACUCGCUGUGCCAACAGAAGCGACCGGAAGUUGCAUCCUUCAGACGUUGGUCAACUGCAGCAGUGCCGAUGACUGCAGUCUCCAGAGCAACUCUGAGCUUCGGUUGGUAGGAUCGGUGCGUGACAUCAUCAUACGGCCGGCUCGUAUGUCGUACCGCCCUGGAGAAACAGUGUUCUUCUGGGUGCUGGCCCUUGACCACGAUCUCAGAGUUGCCAGUGACAUUAUCGGGAGUGUCUUUGUUCGAAACCCCGCUGGAACGAAGGUGGCGCUCUGGGAAGAAGUGGCGCUUGAUGAAGGAGUGAGGUCAUUCUCGAUGGCUCUAUCAGAAGAGGCAGAGCUUGGGAAUUGGCAGGUCCAGGUUCAAGUAGAGGCAGAAGUAUUCACUUCUAUCCUGAAUAUAUCACUGGCAGAUGAAAUUUCUGGUGUAGCAGUGCCUGAAGUGGCCAUGGCAGAGGAACACUAUGUAGAGCUCAGGUUUGGGCAUGAGAUGCGGCGUCUUUACAAGCCAGGACUUCCAUUUGUGGGCAAGGUGGAGGCAGUGAGUACAGAGAAAUCUGUUCGUGUGCGGGUGAAAGUGUAUGACAGCACAACAGCCAUCUAUAGUCAGGAUAUAGAAAUAACAUCAGGUGAAGGUACUUUUACUGUACCUGCGAUUCUAGCAGACAGUGAAAUCAUCACACUACAGGCAGAACUGGUGUCAGUUGAGGGAAAGGAGAUUGACAGUCAUUAUGUAUUGGCUCGUGAACCCAUCACAAAGUGGAAUUCAUCCUCAGAUUGCUAUCUGCUGAUAGAAGGACUUGAACACACUCUUCAACCAGAUGAAGAGGCUCAUGUGACUGUACUUUCAACAUGCCCUUGUGAACGAGACUUGCAUUAUGUUGUCACUACUGAAGGCCAUAUCACAUACUGGAGCCAAGCCCUAAGACCGGACUCUUUGGAUGAAGCACCUCCAGCACAAAUUAUUGAUGGUGCUGCCAUCUGUAGACAUAAUUUCAGUUUCAUUGUUCAGGCUGUUAUGGCUCCUGUGAGCCACUUGCUGGUGUAUUAUGUGACUGACACUGGGGAACCAAUCAGUGAUGUCAUCACUUUUGAUGUCAGACUUCUCCACAAGCAGGUUUCAGUUCAUGUGGAGGAGCGUAAGUAUUGGUACCCUGCCCAGACAAUGGCUGUGGAUAUGCAGGCAGAACCUGGUGCACUGGUGUGUCUCAUUGGUGGACAUGCAGGUCCCGAGGGGAAGGGCACUGCAGAGACACAAAACUCUAAAUCUAGCAGACACAGGGGUUCUGGUUCUAUAGAACUGGAUUUCGCUGCAGCAGGAAUGGCAUUCUUCCAGCGACGAUGUGUUAAGAAGGGAGGCCCAAGGUCUGAAUCCAGCACUCAGCUGUACUGUCAGGGUGGAUCAGCUGCUAAUAGCAGAACAGUACAGGAGCGACAUAGUAGUGUAGUAGGAGGUACCACUAUUGACCAGCUGUGGCUUUGGGAGUGCUUCAAUUUCACUGGAGAUAUGGAAAAGCACAGUCUCACAAUAUCAGCUCCUGAGGAGCCAGGAAAGUGGUCUCUAUGGGCCCUUACUCUCUCACCCAGUGUGGGGCUGAGAUUCUCAUCUCCACAAUCUGUCACUGUGUUCCGUCCCUUGCAAGUGGAGUUCAAAAUGCCAGCAAGCCUUCGAGUUGGAGAAGCUGUGGAAGUGGAUGUCAAGAUUGGCAACAAUAUCAACUCUUGCAUGGAUGUAACAGCCUUGCUAGCCCUGAGUGAAGGCGCCCACUUUCUAAGCAAUGGCAUGUUAUAUGUAACAGAGAAACUGCGACUGGGACCUCACGGAGCCACCUCACUAGUUGUGCGUGUGGUUGUUACCAGCUCUGGACUUAAGAAUAUGACAGCGGAAGUAUCAGGAUAUGGAAGUGACUCAUGUCAAGAAUCAGGAAAUUCACCAGGUAACAGCUCCCUUGUGGGGUCUGUCUUGCGCUCAGCAGCUGUGUUGGUACACCCUGAAGGAAUUGUACGCACAGAUACAGAGAGUGCCUACUUCUGUGCAAAUGAAAAUGUAGUUAUAUCUACAUCAGAAAACUUCCGUUAUGAGUUUGUGUCAGCUCCAAGAAAUCGUGCUGGGGUCGUGUUUGAAGUGAAAGUUAAAGAGGGAGCACAUAUAGCACUUUCAGAUUUACGCUACACAUCUGAUCGAAUGUAUCAAAUUGUACUGGGUGAUGCAGGCAACACCAUGUCAUGGAUUGGACGAGGCAAGCAUGGUUUUGGUGUGCGCCUUGUUAGUGCCCAGACACCACACCUAUUGUCUGAAACUUCAUUCCAGACUUUGUGGGUGACAUGGGACCGUGGCACAGUUGCUGUGGGUAAGGGACCUCUCCUUCACAAUAAUACUCUUCUGAAGUGGCGUAUGGACAAGAAACUCAAAGUACAGCACAUCGGAUUUGCAUCUGGCUGGGGGCAUAUGGCAGAAUUCAGGAUGUGGAAUUAUAAUGAUGAAGCUGGCUUCUCUCAAGUAUUACAUCUGGAUGUACCACGUUCAGUGGUACCAGGGUCAGAACAGGGAACAUUACUUAUUGCUGGAGGUUUGGCACUCCCUGUCACUUCCCAGUUACAUCAACCAGGCCUGGGCCUAGGCGAGUCCACCAGCUUAGCAGCAGCUGUGUCUAGAUUCACACCAUUAUUGGUACUGGAGCACAUGGCUGAACAAGGAAACAACUCCAAUAUCAAUCCUCUGGAUCAAUCAGAAAUGAUAAGCAGGUUAAGCACUCAACUACAGGCACUGUUACACUUCAUGAAACCAGACUUCUCCUUUGGCGAUCAUCACAGACUUGGGAGUCACAGCAACACAGUCAGUGUACUGGAGUUACUGGCUAAGACUCAGUCUUAUAUCAGCGUGGAUCCAGUUCUUGUAUCAGGCAUUAAGCGAUGGAUUCAGCAACGACAGGCAGAUGAUGGGGGCUUCUCCCCACUUCCUACAGACGUUGCCCUAAGCACACCAAGAAACCUCUCUGGCUCUCACAUGCUGGAUCAUCAGGUGGAAAUGACUGCUGAGACGCUGGUAACAUUGCUACAAGUUGGACUAGAGAAUGAAGUUGACUGGGAAACCAUGCUGCAAGCACGCUAUUUCCUGGAGCGCAAUGUGUUCCGUGUCAUCUCUCCAUGCCCUUUGUCACUCAUGACAUAUGCCCUAAUUCUAGGAAAGAGUGAUCUUUCCAGUAUUGCUUUAGAUCGGCUCCGUAAUGCUUCUACUAAUGAGGAAGGAGAUUUUGGCUGGCAACACAUAUCCCUGAGCAAGACUGCACCUGAUUGGUUAUAUGAAGGAGCUGGAAAACAUAGGAAAGAGCCCAUUAUAACCAGUGUAGGUGAAUACAAAGCAUCCUUGUAUGCUCUGAUGACCUACUCUCACCAGGGUGACCUCAAGGCAGCAGAACCAGUGGCACGUUACCUCUUUUAUCGCUCACAUCUCCUGGACAGACACACAGAGUUACUCUACACUGCUGUGAAGGCAUUCUCUGCAUUUAGCUGGCUAGCAUUAGAUCGCCAUCGAGCACUGACAGUGUCUCUAGCCACCUCAGGCAUGGAAUUGACUGACACUUUAGAACUGCAGCCUGAUUCACCACUGCAGAAGUUGCAACUUCCCAGUCUCCCCACCAAAGUGUUUGUUUAUGCCACAGGUGCGGGUUGCGCUACUGUCCAGGGCCAAGUUAGUUAUUCCACAUACACUCCAUCUAGUCACACUCCAUUAUUGGAUCUGUGGGCAGGAAUUGAAGACGAAAUAAUACCUGGACAUAAUUCUGUAGAUGAACUAGAAGGGAAGUUGCCUGCCCUCAGGGUCAAGACUUGUUUCAGAUGGAAGGGUGAAGAUCCUUCAGGGGUUCUUCGGCUGGAAGUGACACUCUUCUCAGGUUUCCAGCUACUGAGUGUUAGCCCAGUUAUUAUUGACGGCAGUGGUAACAUGGCAGAUGUACACCAUGGAUCUCGGGCAGACAAGAUAUGGUUCGUUCUGGCAAAUGUUAGCAACACCUGUGCACUGUGUGCACAUUACACAGUACGUAGUGUGUUCAUGGUUGGAUCACUGCGCCCUGCAUUUGCACGUGUGUAUCCAGCUGGGAGGUCAGACUUGGGCGCUGAGACUUUCUUUCACACCCAAAGAGGAAGUUCGCUGUUAGAUGGACUAACAGAUGAUGAUCUCAUCACCUGGUUUGGAAAAACUGGAGCAGGAGAGCCUCAGCUGAGCUCAAACUUCUCUGAGAUGUGUGAGUGUGGCCACAUGUGUCCAGUGCUAGAUGACAGCAGUAGCAGCACAGCAGACAACAGCUCUCCAGCAAUCACUAAUAUGGAUGCAACAAACAUCAUCAUCUUCAGCAACCACAGCGAUGAGAAUAUACUCCUUCAUGUAGAAGAUACAGAAACUAAUUUCACUAUAACAACAGAAUCAAAUCCAGAAGUUUUAAAUAUGAGUCUCAGUACUUUAGGCUUUCAAGGAAAUUUUGUGUCCAACAUUAUGGAACCGUCUCUAAACAUCAGCAGCAGCAGAGUACCAAAUUCUCUGAGGUCAAAUAAUCACGCUACCAGCACAAAAAACUUUACAAAAGUAAACAUAAUGGAUCAAAAUGUAACAAGACAAGAAAACAAAACUACCACACAGUUUGUUCCUCACAGAGUUCCAAAUGCAAUAGUAGGCACCACUAUCUCCAAACCCAAAACAUACCUUCGAGAAACACAAUUUCAGAGUCUGAACAAAAGAUUAAGUCAAAGACUACAGAUGAUAACUUCAUCACCAGUAACUUCUGCUGUCACAGAACCCUCACAUCUACGACAGGAGACCAGAUCCAUCAACAAAGAACGUCAACACAUUGCAUCAGAAGUGCUUCCAUCUGACUCUACAACAGAUCAGACUUCUCUGCCACAACAUGGUGGCCUUGAUGGAAGUGAAAAGUUAUUUGUUCUAGACCGGGACACUCUCUGGGGGAUGCUCCGAGAAGUUGUUCAUGUCGAACUUGACAAAAAACAACCAGUUCUGGAAGACACUUCACUCAGAAGUAAGCAUUCUAAGAAAACUGAAUUUGACUGAGAAUUAAAGGCAGGUCUGGAAGUUUGUGACUUCUUUGUAACUUAAAAUAGCCGCGUGUCUCUUCAAUACUACGCUCAAAACCAACGUAACACUGCAGUAACCACCAGCAUAAAUUGCGAAACUAAUAAGAAGUGAUGUGACCCCAGUGAUACUUAAUAUCUUAAACUCUGUUACACAAAUGUAGACAACUGAAAAUAACUGAACAAUUUUAUCACUCUGUGAAAGAAGCCAAGAACAUAGAACAGAAUAUAAUGGGAGGAAAAUUUCCAGAAUUAGUGACCAUUUUACACGUAUAGGUAUUAAAAUAAUGUUUUCAUAUUUACUGGACAAUGAAAAGCAGAACUUCUAUACUGGAUUGCAGAAAUGAUUUGAGUUGAUACUCUCUCCUUUACAGUUACAGUGUUCCAUCUGAAACAUGAUCCAUAUGAAGUAACCUAGAAGGUGCUAGUUUUCUUUCAUUAUUUCCCCUUGAAAAGGGUAUAUUGUGUAACGGAUUGUUACAGAAUUAUGCCAAAGCAAUCAGUUGUGACAUUCCAAGAUGCAAGAAGUCAGAGCAUUGAGUCUCCACACAUUAUUACCCGUCCGGUUAAGAUUGACAUUUCCAUGGAAGGCUGGUACUAUGAGACCAGUCAGCAGUCUUCUUCCAAAGUAUAAUGCAAGGAUGGUGUUGUUAGUGUACUGUAAUAUGAUAGUUUGGUGGUGAAACUAUAUACUUAGCAUAUUUGUGUAUGUGGCGUCAAUUUCAUAGCCAUGAUAGUAAUGAACACAGAGACUACAAUUUUCAUUCAACAUUCUUAAUUCAUAAACUCAUGUUAAUAGACGUAACAGUAGUACAACAGUCAUUUUUAAUCUUUCAUUAAAUAAUAUUUUUCGUAAGAGUAACAAGUAGUGAUAUAGAUAGUGGGCUGAUUUGGUUAAAUGUCCACAUUGGUGCUGGCUUAUUCUUGAUACAUGUUACUGCAUUGGUAAAAAUUUCUGGCAUGUGAAGAGUAAGCUUGGAAAAGAUGGACUGCCUGGAAAAUCAUAAACAAAACUGUAUAUGCUAUAACAUUCUCUGUAUUUCUUUGAAUGGCUUAAGAAGCACACUACUUUAUGUUCAAAAUGCUUUACCUCCCAUUCUUACAUACUGUUUCAAGGGUAGUAAAAUGUUCAGAUUACAUAUUUUGUUUUAAAAUAAAACUCCUGCUUCAUGCACAAACUGAAAAAUUUAGAACUAACAAUUUUUUUAUACUUUUCUGUUAUUUCUUGAAUAACUAAGAUUCCCAUUUUAUGGCCUUGUGUGAUGAUAAAAUGCUUUGAUCACAUUUUUUUGAGGAAAUGUAAAUAGGUUGAGGUCUCAUUUGUACAUGUUAAAUUAAAAACUGGUAUCUUGGA